AUGGAAACUUCAACAAAAUCACAUUUAUCCAUAAAUGAUUCUUCAAAAAAUCUAUUAUCCAUUUCCAAUGAAUCAUCCAAAUUAUUAAUAAUACAUUACAACAAUAUGAAUAAUUACACACCUUGCAACAAAAACUUCAUAAAUAACAAUAAUAAUAACAAUAAUUAUUAUAACAAUAACCAAAACCAAAUGGUUCCAUUUUUAGAUCUUUCACCAAUUAUUAGAAUGGAAGAAAGAGAAAAGGACCAAUUAAAAUUUAAAAGAAAUAUCGAACUAAUCGAAUCCAAUGAGGAUUUUACAAUCGACUCACCACAAAAAAAACAAAAAACAUUUAAUUUUGUUUUCGAAUAUCCUCAACAAAAUAAAAAAUCAAUCCAAAAUAACCUCACUAACAAUAAUAACAAUUCACUUUUUAAUAAUAAUAACACCAACAACAAUAAUAUUUAUUUAAAUAGCUACAAUAAUAAAAAAAUACAAAAAGUGUUAAAUAAUUUAAAUAACAACGAUAAUAAUUUAAAUAACAUACACAACAUAAAUAAAGAUAUAAUAAUAAAACAAAUCCAACAAGAAAAACAAAAAGAAAGAGAACAAAGAAAACAACAAAGAAAACUAGAACAACAACAAAAAAAACUACUUCAACAACAAUACCAACAACAAUACCAACAACAACAACAACAAUUAAAUAAUAGUAACCAUUGUAAUAUUAGUCAAGAUUCUGCUGUUUCAUCGCCCGCUGCCACCGUCCCAGCUUCACCAAAUAGUGGUACUGAAGCCAACUCAAAGAAAUGUAACAUACCUCAUUGUAUA